AUGCUCUGGUUCCUAACAGCAAUCUUGUCUACUGCGUUAGCAGCACAAUUUGUCGUUCAAUUGCAAGAUAAAACUGCGUUGAAUGCAGUCUUGAACAGCUAUGCCUUGAGUUCUGAUCAACAAGGUCCAGAAAUUACCGAUAUUUUUGAAUUAGGGUCGUUUAGAGCGUUUACAGGAGAUUUUUCUGGUCCUAUUUUACAGAAAUUGUACAAUGAUCCAAAUGUAUUGGCAAUUUCUAGAGACGGAAGCUUAAAAUUACAAGAGAUCGUUUUACAAAACAAUGCACCCUCUCAUUUGGUUGGCCUUUCUUCAAUUUCACCGUUAUCUCAUCAACCGUUUAUUUAUCGUUCCAAUGGCGGUAACGGCGUUGAUGUUUAUCUAUUAGACACGGGGAUUGACAUUAAACAUCCAAAUUUGUCCAAGUUGAACAUUCUUAGGAUGGCAGACUUAACGCAAUCGCCUGUGCCUCAAGGCACUGAUCCUCAAGGUCACGGUACUGCUAUGGCGGGUAUAAUUGCAUCAGAAACCUUUGGUGUACUUAAGAAAUGUAACUUGGUUGACGUUAGAGUUGCUGAUUCUAAUGGAGAUGUUAAGUUGAGUACAAUCUUACAGGCAUUGACGUUGACACAACGUCACAUUGAAGGAACGAAGAGACCUUCCGUGGUAGUAAUUCCAUUAGAAGUGGAAGACGGUAACAAUCCAAUUCUAACUGAAGCUAUCGCCAGUUUUGAUCAAUCUGUACCUAUUAUCAUUCCAGCUGGUAACAAUGCACAAGAUGCCCUUAAUUUCAGUCCCGCCAACGUUAAUCCAAAGCCUAAGAACAUAAUUGUCGUCGGUUCAGUUGAUGUUAACAAUAAUCCUACAAAGUUCACAAACUAUGGUUCAAACGUUGAUGUUUUCACUGUAGGUGAACAAAUUACGACUUUACAAUCAACUGAUCUGGAUUCUCAAGGAUUGUCGAAUUCCCUAACGAGACAAGUAUCAGGCACUUCGGCUAGCAGCGCUAUUACAGCAGGAGUAAUUGGUUAUUAUAUGUCAUUAGGAUUGAAUUCGACACAAUCGAUCAACAAAGUUCUACAGUACAGUAGAUGUGCUAAUACGUUUGCAAAGCAUUCAACUAAUACUAAUGAAUGUGCAAGGCUUCUACAACUUCAACCUUGA